CAACUUAGGACUUAGUAGCUUGUCUGGGCCACUGGCAAAUUCUUCCUUCCCAGGCUAGACACACAGGCUGAGCAAUUGGUUCCGAACCCAGAGGAACCCAGGCGACGCUAGGUCACGUGGCCGACUGCUUACAUGACCUGCGGGCUGCUGAGCGUCACUGUGACGUUCAGGAGACCUGCGAAGUGGCCCGGCUACUUCCGUCACCUGUGCUGUCGGGGUGCUGUCAUGGACCUGGGACCGAUGCGCAAGAGUUACCGCGGGGACCGAGAGGCAUUUGAGGAGGCUCAUCUGACCUCUCUGGAUCCCAUGAAGCAGUUUGCUUCCUGGUUCGAGGAGGCUGUUCAAUGUCCAGAUAUAGGAGAAGCCAAUGCUAUGUGUCUGGCUACCUGCACCAGAGACGGAAAACCCUCUGCCCGCAUGCUGCUGCUGAAGGGCUUUGGCAAGGAUGGCUUCCGCUUCUUCACUAACUACGAGAGUCGGAAGGGGAAAGAGCUGGACUCUAACCCCUUUGCCUCUCUUGUCUUCUAUUGGGAGCCCCUGAACCGUCAGGUGCGUGUGGAAGGCCCAGUGAAGAAACUGCCGGAGAAGGAGGCUGAGAACUACUUCCAUUCCCGGCCCAAGAGCAGCCAGAUUGGGGCUGUGGUCAGUCGCCAGAGUUCUGUGAUCCCCGAUCGGGAGUACCUGAGAAAGAAAAAUGAGGAACUGGGGCAGCUCUACCGGGAACAAGAGGUGCCCAAGCCAGAGUACUGGGGUGGCUACAUCCUAUAUCCCCAAGUGAUGGAGUUCUGGCAAGGCCAAACCAACCGCCUGCAUGACCGUAUUGUCUUCCGUCGAGGCCUGGCAACAGGAGACUCCCCUCUGGGACCCAUGACCCACCACGGGGAGGAAGACUGGGUGUAUGAGAGACUUGCACCUUGACACUGGACUCCAGAAUGUUGGGGGAUCAUCAUAGGGAAGAGUGGGGGAAGGGAAGGAAAAAAAUGGAAGCCAGGUAUACCUUCUGUGUGUGUGUGUGUAUGUGAGACAUUGGGUUUAAACCUCGCUCACACUAGGUAACACUUUACCACUGAGAUAAAGUCCCAGCAUUUUUUCUUACUACCUUUUAUUUUAAGACUAAGUUGCUUAGUCUGGCCCUGAACUCACUGUGUAUACAUCCCAGACAAGUCUUGGCUUUGAGUUCCUCCCCUCAGUCCCUUGAGUAGCAGUAUUAUAGGCUUGUGCCACCAGGCCCAGUUCUAGUCCUGUUUUUAAGAAGCCCAUUGCCUUUGUUUUUUUUUUUUUUUUUUUCCUUCGGGGCUGGGGACUGAACCCAGGACCUUGCGCUUCCUAGGCAAGCGCUCUACCACUGAGCCAAAUCCCCAACCCGCCCAUUGCCUUUGCCUUUGUUAACCCUUCUACCUGCAUUUCUCCAGGACUCACCCUCAAGUUCUCUGAACUCGGGAUCGGUUUAGUGGCUGGAACAGAGCGCAGUAGUGUUGUAGAGAGUCACAAGUAGCAAAGAGUCUCAUAAUUAUUCCCUUGAUUUUGCUCCUGGUUUGGGGGGACGCCCGUCUUGGGAGCUGCAGCUGGUCUAACUCUGUUUCCAGUAACAGACUAAUCAGGCCGCAGAUAUACAAGGGCUCGCUGGCUAUGGAAAGGAGCCAGACCAUGUUUGCUGUGACUCAGACAAACCAUUAUAUGUUCUGGUUGGCCUUGAACUUGUUACUCUGGACUCCUGUCUUCUUUUGACUUUGUGGCUGUGUGCUUUAGCCUCUGUCACUGACAAAAGCUUCUCCCAAGGCAACUCUGUCCUGUGUUGUUCCCCCAUGUAAGCCUGGGUCCAGGAAGGACAUUGACCCUGUGGCCAUCGACCAGGCACCCUCACACCUACCUCACCCCUUUUGCUGACAUGCCAUGGACUGUGACUUUAUUAGUAUAUGUAGAUGAGUUGAUGAGAAGUGUUGUACCCCAUCGCUGUUAGGGGGCUGUGUGUGCCCCCCCCAGACUUUUGCAGUGUGAUCUCAGCUGUCAGUCCCAGUGUACAAGUGUGUAAUAAAAACUUGUCAGCCGUA